UGGAGGAACGACGAUGCGGCCAUGGAUGUAGCAGACUCGCCCAGCUCAACAGCAACAACGAGUCUCUUAUAGGCCUUUUGAGAAGUACCUCUUCAACCUAAAAUGUCCAACAUGCGGUCGAGGAGUCUCCUCACUGCGUCUACUGGGCUGUGGAAGCCUACCAGCACAAUGUUUCGCUCUCCCCUCCAAUCCUCAUACCGCACAUCAGUCCUCUUUCCCAGUCGACCUUGCAGGACCAUACCUGUUCGAUUCACAUCCACGACGAAUAGCCCCUCGGCGUCGCGAAUCGUGCGACCGCUCGUACCUCCACCAGACGAAGGAUCAGGGCCGCUGCUCUCUCGACGAGGAGAUCGGGAAUUGCCUCGACUGCCCAAGACGGGGAUCUGGGUCAAAACGUUACCUAUAUUCUUCGUCCUUGUGGCUGCCUCCAGCCUCGCCAUCUUCAACUACCAAAAGUCGACGUCCUCAACCGUCAGUUCGAUCAUGUACGCACUGCGCACCAACGAGACGGCGCGCGAGAUUCUCGGCGACGAAAUCUACUUUGCCAGCAAAACCCCGUGGAUUCGAGGCGAGUUGAACCAACUGCAUGGCACUAUCGACAUUAGCUUUUGGGUCAAGGGCACAAAAUCGCAGGCUCUGACCAGAUUUGUCAGUCUGAGGAAAAAGGGCAGCUACUUUGAGACGAUGGAGUGGAGUCUGACGGAUUCCACGGGCAAGACGUGGCAGUUGCUGACGACGGAUGGGAGGGAUCCUAUGAGCUUGGAGAGAAGCUAGCUUGUCUCGUGAGACAGACAAAGAAUAAGCAUGUACAUUAUUUAAUAUCUGCAUCAUGUGGUCAAAUGGCUUUGCGACAUGUGCCAGAUUCAGUCAUCUCCGUCUUUUGUCUGGUGGUGUUGUACAAGAUGUGCGAGAGGAGUCUGUUGUAAACAAAUGGACGAGGGGGACCUUAGCCCGACAAGCUCUCUCUGCUUGACCUGCCCUGCCCUGUCUUUGCCAUGCCGUGCCAUACACCCGUGGUACCUACGCAACACCUCACUGGGUUCAAUCAUCGGGCUUGACCUUGCUGCCUUUGGUGUUGACACCAGUUGCACCGGAGCUAGAACCAGGACUUGAACUGGAGCCUUGAAUGCCCUUUCGGCUCGGGACCUUGCCAAUAUUCCAUCCCCAGCCUCUUAAAGUUUUGACGACCUUAGGGGUGAUGGAGACGGUGAGUGGGACACGGAUAAAGAUGAAGGAUUUGUGGAUAGCGUAGGCGAGAGCGAGCUGUGUCCAGAUACCUGUGGCGCAGGAGUUGUUCAUUAGCAUUCAUUCACUGGUUAUAGCAUUUCGAAACCCCGAACAAAGAUAAACAUACUAGCAUUGG